CGCACGGUCCGUCCCUCAAAUCGUCCGCUGUUCUGGUUAAGAAGGCCAAAUAGCGACAUUUCGCUGCAAAGACGUCAUGGCUGCAACACUGCGCUUACUUUACAGUGUGUCGAGGCCAGGCACUUUUGUGGCCAGCCAGAGUCUCGUGAGGCCCUUCAGUGUUUCUGCACAAAGGGCAGGAUUCAAGUAUGUGAACGCCCAGGAGAUUCCAACAGACAUGAAGUCCAUCACAGACCGAGCUGCUCAGACGCUGCUGUGGACAGAGCUGUUCAGAGGUCUGGGCAUGACCAUGAGCUACCUGUUCAGAGAGCCUGCCACCAUCAACUACCCGUUUGAGAAGGGUCCUCUGUCGCCUCGCUUCAGAGGAGAGCACGCCCUGCGCAGGUAUCCUUCAGGAGAGGAGCGCUGCAUCGCCUGCAAGCUGUGUGAAGCUAUCUGCCCGGCCCAGGCUAUUACAAUUGAAGCUGAGUCUCGCACUGACGGCAGCAGGAGGACGACUCGCUACGACAUCGACAUGACCAAAUGCAUCUAUUGUGGCUUUUGUCAGGAGGCGUGUCCUGUGGACGCCAUCGUAGAGGGCCCUAACUUUGAGUUUUCCACUGAAACCCAUGAAGAGCUGCUCUACAACAAGGAGAAGCUCCUCAACAAUGGAGACAAGUGGGAAGCAGAGAUAGCCGCCAACAUAAAAGCAGAUUACCUUUAUCGAUAGUAACCAGAGUUACCCUACACAGUGUACAGAUGCCACUUAACCUCUCCGACACACACACACACACACACACACACACAC